AUGCCCGAGCCCCCGUACCUCGGAAUUCAUUCCUCUACAGCAAAGCUCAAGCCGCCAACCUACGAGUUUCGAUGGCUCUGUCUGCUUCCAGACCUGAUACGAUACCCUGCAGAGAAUAAAUGCCAAAUCCAGCUAGCAUACAACUAUAUACUGCAUUCUAUUACCUGCAUCAAUACAGUCAUCGAAACUAUUAUCCAUACCCCUGAAUGGACAGAGGAACAAGCCAUGGUGGUGAAUGAACGAUCUGGCCUUUUUAUAUCCAUCGGGGUCGUGCUAAACGCCAUUAUGCGCACCUUCCACCCUGACGAUGCGCUGUUGCGUGACCAGAGGCUUUUAUUUGUUGGUAGUGCGGUUGCUCUUGGGGAGAGAGGCUUGCGGGAGCGUCCGUUGGGAGGACAUCACAUUGCGGAGGCCUUGCUGGCGGCGUGGUGCGUUGCGGAUGGGAGUAGUAAGGUGAGCCUGCGAAAGUUGGUCGAGGAUUAUCGAGAGACGUUUUCCAUGGCUAAGCUGAUACACAACGUGGCUUUUUGGCCGGAGGCGCCGGUGCAACUGGAGGGGAUACCGUGGAUUACGUUGCAUAAAGGGGCUGACUGUCCGGCCAGCAAGACGGAUGGAAGAGACAAAGGAAGGGCAAAGGGUGGUCAGGAUUUGUCAGAGUACUGCUGUAUUUUGUAA